UUAUUUUUCUCUCGCGACGUUCUUCCUUCCUUUACCCUCCUCGACCGGAUAUGUCGUUGUUGCUGACCUUCCGCCCAAGUCAGUUUGUCAUGUAGCUGCAAGCUACAUUCUUCUAAAAGUAGUAGAAAAUGCACUUAUCUCCGCUGUAAAUGGUGUUGCCAAUGAGCAGGUAUUUGCCAAAGUGUAAAUUACAUAUGAAGUCAUCAAUUUUCGGGAACAAUGGUGAAGUACUUUGCCUGCGUGGGUCAUCUGAAAAGUUCCUGGGACCAAGUCUGCAUCGCUUUCUGGGAGCGAUACCCCAACCCCUACAGUAACCAUGUCCUAACGGAGGACAUAAUCUUCAGGGAUGUAACUCCCGGUAACCGUCUGGUCUCUAGGCGACUGCUGACCAAAACUAACCGCGCCCCUCGCUGGAUGGAGAAGUACCUGCCGGUUACCAUGGCCAGGCACGCCUACAUCAUCGAGGAUUCCAUCGUGGACCCCCAGAACAGAACCAUGACAACGCUGACUUGGAACAUCAGCCACGCACGCAUGAUGUCUGUGGAGGAGCGUUGUGAGUACAGAAUUAACCCUGACAACACCAGCUGGACGGAGAUUAACAGAGAGGCCUGGAUCUCGUCUAACAUCUACGGGCUCUCCAGAGCUAUACAGGAAUUCGGCCUUGCCCGGUUCAAGACCAGUGUUACAAAGACCAUGAAAGGGUUUGAAUACGUCCUGGCCAAAAUGCAAGGUGAUACCCCCUCCAGGACCCUGGCUGAGCAUGCUGCAGAGAGGGCCAGGGAGACGGCUCUGGUAGCUAAAGAGAAAGCCAAAGGCCUGGCCUCACAGGCUCACAAGAAACAACAGUAUGUCUGAGCUGCCAGUGUAGGGUGAAGUUUCCCCGAGAUGCUGAUGUGUUUAGGAUUGGCGCAUGUCGAAGCUGAUCCUAGAAACUUAAACCCAGAAUGCGAGGUGCCAGUGGGAGGAAGUAGACAUUGGUCCCUGUCAGUCCUGCCUUGAUUCAAAGACUUUAUCUGGGAUGGAUUGAGCCUGCCUGGCUGGCACUAUUUGAACACAGGUCUGGUUGUCCCUACUCAGAUCUGGGAUCAGAUCUUAUUGAGGUAGGGGAAUCUGAUCCUAGAUCUGUGGUUAUGGAUGCAAAAUCCGUUAACUAAAAUUACCAGGUUUUCCAGAAAUUGAAAGAUUACCCUAAGAAGGAAAUCCGGAAUCCUCCAACCAGGAUUUCUGGAAAACCUGGUCAUUUUGUGAAUGUUUCUGUUAUUGUGACUCUAGGUGUGACAGUGAUCUAGGGGAUGAACCAAUACAGUUAAAGACAAUUUUAUACAGAAUCUGAUCAAAUGGUGGAGGCCAUAUGGAGGGUGCGACGAGGCUCCGGAGGCGUGCAGAGGCAGAAUCAAGCUCCAUACCGCAUCGCUGUGCACCUCUCAAAUGUUGUAACAAUGUGGAGGGCUCCGCAUAGACAUGAUUGGUUGACGGGAGGUCCUGUAUAAACAACCUAACUCCCUCGACAACUUCCUUCACAACAGCUCUGGGAAGCUCCAAAAAGUAUGUUUGCUCUGACUUCUGCAGAGGCUGCAUUACAGUAACACGCUGUACUGCCGCGACACAGUAACACGCUGUACUGCCGCGACACAGUGACACGCUGUACUGCCGCAACACAGUGACACGCUGUACUGCCGCGACACAGUGACACGCUGUACUGCCGCGACACAGUGACACGCUGUACUGCCGCGACACAGUAACACGCUGUACUGCCGCGACACAGCAACACUCUGUACUGCCGCGACACAGCAGCACUCUGUACUGCCGCGACACAGCAGCACUCUGUACUGCCGCGACACAGCAGCACUCUGUACUGCCGCGACACAGCAGCACUCUGUACUGCCGCGACACAGCAACACUCUGUACUGCCGCGACACAGCAACACUCUGUACUGCCGCGACACAGCAACACUCUGUACUGCCGCGACACAGCAACACUCUGUACUGCCGCGACACAGCAACACUCUGUACUGCCGCGACACAGCAACACUCUGUACUGCCGCGACACAGCAACACUCUGUACUGCCGCGACACAGCAACACUCUGUACUGCCGCGACUCAGCAACACUCUGUACUGCCGCGACUCAGCAACACUCUGUACUGCCGCGACACAGCAACACUCUGUACUGCCGCGACACAGCAACACUCUGUACUGCCGCGACACAGCAACACUCUGUACUGCCGCGACACAGCAACACUCUGUACUGCCGCGACACAGCAACACUCUGUACUGCCGCGACACAGCAACACUCUGUACUGCCGCGACACAGCAACACUCUGUACUGCCGCGACACAGCAACACUCUGUGUUGCCGCGACACAGCAACACUCUGUACUGCAGCCGCAGACACAGCAACACUCUGUACUGCCGCGACUCAGCAACACUCUGUACUGCCGCGACUCAGCAACACUCUGUACUGCCGCGACUCAGCAACACUCUGUACUGCCGCGACACAGCAACACUCUGUACUGCCGCGACACAGCAACACUCUGUACUGCCGCGACACAGCAACACUCUGUACUGCCGCGACUCAGCAACACUCUGUACUGCCGCGACUCAGCAACACUCUGUACUGCCGCGACACAGCAACACUCUGUACUGCCGCGACUCAGCAACACUCUGUACUGCCGCGACACAGCAACACUCUGUACUGCCGCGACACAGCAACACUCUGUACUGCCGCGACACAGCAACACUCUGUACUGCCGCGACACAGCAACACUCUGUACUGCCGCGACACAGCAACACUCUGUACUGCCGCGACACAGCAACACUCUGUACUGCCGCGACACAGCAACACUCUGUACUGCCGCGACACAGCAACACUCUGUACUGCCGCGACACAGCAACACUCUGUACUGCCGCGACACAGCAACACUCUGUACUGCCGCGACACAGCAACACUCUGUACUGCCGCGACACAGCAACACUCUGUACUGCCGCCGCAGACACAGCAACACUCUGUACUGCCGCGACACAGCAACACUCUGUACUGCAGCCGCAGACACAGCAACACUCUGUACUGCCGCGACACAGCAACACUGUACUGCCGCGACACAGCAACACUCUGUACUGCCGCGACACAGCAACACUCUGUACUGCCGCGACUCAGCAACACUCUGUACUGCCGCGACUCAGCAACACUCUGUACUGCCGCGACUCAGCAACACUCUGUACUGCCGCGACACAGCAACACUCUGUACUGCCGCGACACAGCAACACUCUGUACUGCCGCGACACAGCAACACUCUGUACUGCAGCCGCAGACAUGGGAUUGACCAUGCGGCACCUUUUUUUUAGACUUGUGUCUUCUAACACAAGUGUCUGGGCUGGGUCUCAAUAGUCCUCACUAGCUUCCUUUCCUUGUCUCCUUUCCUUCAGUACAGUACUCUAACAGGGAGGUGAACGCGCCGGGCUAGUUUCCAUUCUACUUCCCUCCGCCUGUGGUGGUCUUAUCAGUUGGUGUGUAGAUGCUUAUCUCAAUGAGACAAACCUGCAGCAGAAAGAGAUGAGAAAUGGAAGAGGCUAAACGCUAUAGAACUGUACCUGCAGAGAGUGUAAACUGAGUAACUGGGUUGAUCUUGUUUGGAGGCAUGUGGCAGCAUUGUGGACAGGACAACACCAGUCCCACCCAGCAGGUGAUCUACUGGGCGUGGCUGACGUUGGUGUUGGUCGGUCUUGUCCUUUCAUUGGUGGCUAGCUAGUACAAGAGACUGGUUCAUGUCUCCAGAAAUGACUGUGUGACUCGAGUUGUUUUUCGUGACCUACUGAAUACUGUCAUAGCCGUAGGGGACGACGAGGGAGUUCCUCGCUGAUAGUGGGUCAGUUUUUAGCAUUUUCCCAAUAAUGGCUACGGUUAGGAUUGGUUAGAGGGGAAGCUGAUCCUAGAUCUGUAGGCCUACCAACCAUUUCCCUCCAACUCAGUGGUUGAGUCCCAAAUGGCACCCUAUUCCCCUACAUAGUGCACUACUUUAGACCAGAGCCCUAUAGAACCCUAUUCCCUACAUAGUGCACUACUUUAGACCAGAGCCCUAUAGAACCCUAUUCCCCUACAUAGUGCACUACUUUAGACCCGAGCCCUAUAGAACCCUAUUCCCUACAUAGUGUACUACUUUAGACCAGAGCCCUAUAGAACCCUAUUCCCUACAUACUACUUUAGACCAGAGCCCUAUAGAACCCUAUUCCCUACAUAGUGUACUACCCAGAGCCCUAUAGAACCCUAUUCCCUACAUAGUGCACUACUUUAGACCAGAGCCCUAUAGAACCCUAUUCCCUACAUAGUGUACUACUUUAGACCAGAGCCCUAUAGAACCCUAUUCCCCUACAUAGUGCACUACUUUAGACCAGAGCCCUAUAGAACCCUAUUCCCUACAUAGUGUACUACUUUAGACCAGAGCCCUAUUCCCCUACAUAGUGUACUACUUUAGACCAGAGACUUAUGGACUCUUUUAACCCCUUGUGCACUUCUGUCUAUUCCGUUUACAAGAGUCGACAACAUUACAAGAAGCAUUUCUCCUGUCUGUCGUAAUUCCUUGACCUUCAUAUAGUUUAGUGUUUCUCACACUGUAGAUGAGACUGACUGCGUAUCUUCAGUUACUUUAGGCUUACGAUUUGUAAAUAUUUAAUCUUUUUCAAAAUCAUCUUUUUGUUUUCUGUUAACUCAAACUCAAAAAGACUCAAAAAAAAAAAAAAUCUCAAAGUAAUCUCCCUGAAUCUUGAUUCUUAAAUACAGGUUAAUUGAUUUCAGUUAUAGCGCUACAUUAUAUAUAUAUAUAUAAUUCAGAAUGAAAAUUCAUUGCUUCAAAUUGAAGUUGUUACUGGUGUGAUGAGGGGGGGGGUCCAAGUUAUUUUGCAGUCUUGGCUACUUGGCUCUCUCUUGGGAGUGAUCAUCCUUGGCUAGAGGGAGAGCUGCUACUUGGCUCUCUCUUGACAUUGUGAAAAGACAGGAUUGCUGUGGAUAUCAAUGUCUGUCUGUCUGCUUGAAAAAAUUAGCCAAAUUUGAACACAAUUUUUUAAAAAUAAUUUCACUUAAAAGACAUGCUCCGGAACUUUGACAACUGUUUUUUUUUCGUUUUCUUAAACGGGCUGGAUGUGUCAAUGUGUAGUUAGUUUAAGCAAUAAGGCACGAGGGGAUGUGGUAUAUGGCACGUCGCAACGCGGAGUGCCUGGACACAGCCCUUACCCGUGGUAUAUUGGUCAUAUAUCACAAACCUCCCUGAGAUGCCUUAUUGCUAUUAUAAACUGGUUACCAAUGUAAAUAGAGAAGUAAAAAUGUAUGUUUUCUCAUACCUGUGGUAUAUGGUCUGAUAUACCAUGGCUGUCAGCCAAUCAGCAUUCAAGACCUCUGAUCAUCCCGUUUAUAAACAUGAGAUAAUCACUAUCUUUUUUACCUCAAUUAGCCACGAAAUCCCUUGUUUGAAAGACUGUUUUUCUAACCCUUUUCCCCCUACAUGGGCCAGCCCCCAACCAAUUAGAGUUCUGAACUUCGGGCCCUCUCCAUUUGAGUGACAGCUAGUAAGGUUGCACACACAGCAGAGCGAGAGGCGGGGCAAUGACAUAGUACACAUGUAUGAUGUAGUACACCAUUUUCGGGUACCACUUUUGGCUCAUGAGCGCUUACUUUCAUAACUACUGGCUAUAAAAGUACACAAGUACCUGAGAAUCUUCUUUUUAAAGGAAAUUAAUGUAUACAAAUUAUGAAUGUGUAAUGUUUGAGCAACAGUAUGGACUUAUUGAUGAAUACUAAUAAAUAUUUUCUGUUUCUGGA